UUCAGCAUCUGGGCUGAGAGUACAAAUCAUCAUCUUCGACAAAUCGAAACGUAACUGCUGCUGACGAACGGGAUUAUUUAUUGAACAAUUGUCUCUCAGAGGUAGCAGAAGUUUUGGUUUCGUUUCUCACUCGCCCACGACACUAAAGUGAACUUAGCACUGGAUGACUAAACUUCCUGACUAAAGCACAAGACACUUACACAAAAUGGCACAGAAAGCAAAGUGCUGUAUCCGAGCUGCAUGCUAAUGGUGAAUAUUUGGUCUUCCUCUCCCAGAAUGGACUCUUUAAGACAGAGACGCAAGAGAGAGAUAGACGAAGCUCUCAGAUUCAUGCAGUCUUCUCUAGCUUUUCCAGACCUUCAAGGCUACCAGGACUUCCUGGUCAAGUUGGUGUGCAACCUUCUCAACGAGGGCAACUGCUGCUUCACAGAUGGCUUGGAGAAUCAAGCCGUGAAGGAUUUCAGCGAAGGCUUGAGUGUUUACCACUACGCCUCGGCAGAAGGGAUCCAGAUCCCUCAGGCUUUACUGGAGAGUCUGUACUUCAACCGGGCCACCGCCUACCACAGCAUGAGGCAAUACAAUGAAGGUGUGAAGGACUGUGACAAAGCCCUGGAAGUUUGUGAAGGAAAACAGCGGGCGCUGUACUUGAAGGCGCUCUGCUUGAAGCAGCUUGGCAAGCACAAGGAGGCGUACGACUGCACCAGUGCCUGCAUGCUCACCACAUAUCAGGACAAACGCGUGAAGGAACUUGCAGAGGAACUUGCCAACCACCUGGGACUGCAAAAACGAAAGCCCUAUGUGGCUGCUAAUAACAAGUCUUUGAGUGCACCUGCGGCAGUCAGUUUAGCCAGCAUGCCUCAAGCGGAGCCUCCUGUCAAAACCAAUAACGGGGCGGCCGGAAGCCUGGACACUUUGGACGACUGCCUGCUGAUUGGAGACGACUUGGACAGCCUGCUGGACUCCAUCCCUAAUGAGCACGCUCAGAUGGCCGUUCUAGAAGGAGCGUCCCCUGCCAGCAGAGAAAGCCCCUUGGUGCUGCCUGCUCCCACGCCUCAUCUCCCUCCAGCCUUCUUCAACUCAGGCAUCACACAAGUUGGCUCCAAUUCAGCCGGUGCUCACAAGUUGCUGGACGCCCUGGAUGACCUCUGCCCUCCCCCGGGUGGGCGUGGCGAUGCUCCAAGCCUGAAUUCCAAAGCGCCGCACUCGCUGGGUGACGACUCCAACCUUCCCCGGUGUGCCCAUCCGUCCAGAACGGACCCGGAGGAGCGAGAGAAGUCGCUGGACGAUUUGCUCAGCGAGCUUCACCCUGUGGGCGUCACUUCUGCUUCUGGUGUGGACCUGCUGGACUCCCUUGACUCCCUGGAUUUGUUUCCCUCGGUGAAAGAUGCUUCUUUGCCCGCCCUCCCCCAGGUGGGAGCAGGCCUGGACCAGCUCUGCAACUUCAGCUCCUCUGCCCUCACAAGCUCUCAUGGCGUGCUUCCUCCCAUCAAGCCAGCCCUGAAGAGUAAGAAGAGACAGAGCAGUACGUGUUUGUCACUCUCCAACCCUCUGGCAGCCACGCAUGACUUCAUGCAGGCCUGCUCGGCCUGCUUCCCUCGCCUAGGUCAAGGGAUCUUCACCUUUGUCCACAAGGCCGACCUGGUCCACACUUGUGAGCGAGACAUUCUCUUGUGCAGACGAAAGGCGGCUUUGCCCACGGACUGGACCAGAGUGCGACAGCCGCCGACGUGGACCUCCUUCACAGCACCCUUUGUUCUUUGCAGAGAGCUGCUGAAGUCCGGCGACAUAGGCCUGUGCAAGUUUGGUGAGAAGUGCACCUUUGCCUUCAACCAGCUGGAAAUUGAGGUGUGGACAGAGGAGAGGAAAGGCACGCUGGAUAGAAACCUGCUCUUUGGACCAUCCCAGACCCUCGGCAUGGACCCUGCCAGCAGCAUCCUUCACCUCAUGCAGGAGCACAAGGGCAUGUUCCUGUUCCUCUGCCAGGAAUGUUAUGACAGUAAACCUCGGAUCAUCAGUACACGCUGCAGAGAAAAGCCCACUCUGUGCUCCCACAUGGAAGCCCACCACUCCUUUGAUGCCAACAAGUGUUUAGCUUUUGUGGUGAGGACCACCAACGUCAACUACAGAAAAAUACGUCCCCUGGGCGUGUUGGCCCACUUUGCAUUGUGUCCACAAGUCUUCCGUUACGGCUGCCGGAGAGACGACAGCUGCCAGUACGCUCACUCCCUCAUAGAGCUCCAGACCUGGAGGGUGCAACAGGACACAGGUAUGAGCCCUGAUGAGAUGGUGAAAGUAUCAAGUAACUACCAGCAGCAGCAAGAAGAGAAGACAUUUAGUAGAUGUCCUGCUGUGACUGACGGUGAGAGCAGAGCGAGAGGCAGCCAUGUGAACAUGAAGAUGAACUUUGCCUGUGCUCAGUGCUGGCGAGGAGGCAACAUGAUCCUGCCAGACAAAAGCCUCAAGUACUGCAGUGCCAAGGCCAAACACACGUGGACCAAGGAGCAGAAUAUGCUUCUCGUCAAGACUUUGGACAAAAAUAAAUGGGUUCCUGUCCGACCACUGCCUCAUACCCCCAAGAACUGCCCUGCACAAUAUGAAAUGUGCAAGCAGAUACUGGAGAGAAGGAAGUGUAACUACUGUGAGACUUGCACCUUCGCCCACAGCCACGAGGAGAGGGACAUGUGGACGUACAUGGCAAGACAAGACAUACGGGACAUGCAGCAGAUGUACGACAUGUGGCUGACCCUAAGCACCUCCAGUCGUCAAGCAGACGGAGCUAUGAUCAGCCAGUCUGCCCAGGAGGAGAAAUACAUCAUCAUGCCAACGGACUACGCUGAGCCAAUGAGUGGCUUCUACUGCCGCCUGUGUGGCAAACACAGCAACAGCCAGCGUCAGUGGCAGCAGCACAUCUCCACCUUGAAGCACAGGGAGCGUGUCUUCAGCUGCCAGGACCAGGACCAGACUUUCACCUGGAACUACCGCUUCCCUGCUCCUUGCUUCCAGCUCUGCUCCAACUCUGAAAAUGACUGCCCAGACGGUGCCAGCUGUGACUCCGCCCACAGUCCCGAGGAGCUGCAGGAGUGGGUGGAGAGGCGGGAUGUCCUGCGUCAGAGGUUGGUCCAAGCCAGGGAAGACCUGCUCAUCAUGCCCGAUGAGUUUGACUUUGGGAAGUACAACUUUCUACUUGGAGAGUCUGACCAACCAUCACCUUGAUGUCUUCUUGUUGACCUGCACACCUGCUUUAUUCUACUUCUCAUCUCUUCUUGUUGACCUGCACACCUUCUAUCACACAGCUGCUUUAUUCUACUUCUUGUUGACCUGCACACCUUCUAUCGCACAGCUGCUUUAAUGUCUUCUUGUUGACCUGCACACUUCUAUCACACAGCUGCUUUAUUCUACUUCUCAUCUCUUCUUGUUGACCUGCACACUUCUAUCACACAGCUGCUGACAGAUAUUUCAUUCUAUGCACAUCAUUUCUAAUGUCUCUUUAUGAGGGAAGUUCAACACUUGCUAUCAUGUCACUGACAUGUUUUCUUCUUGGUCCAACCGUGUUGUUUACCACCAUGAUGCUUCUAUGAAGGGAUCUUGUACUAUGUUGUUUACCACCAUGAUACUUCUUCUGCUACUACUAAGGGAUCUUGUGCACUCUGACUGUGUUUUGUCCAAGUCACGGUCCACCUGAAGAAUUUAAGACUCUUUCAUUCUAAAUAAAUGUGUUUUAUUUUUGACAUAGAAUUUGGUUGUCAAAGCUUUUUAAAUGAAUUCUACAAGAGUUUCUUCUUCCUGCUCUGUCAUUGAUGACACAUAAUAGGAAAGU